CAAAAGUUCACCACUAAUCGAAGUCAAGGUGGACCCAAUUAAAAAACAUUUCGCUAAGCAAAGUUUUUGGCUGGUUGAAGGUCUCCAUCCAAUCGUGGAUUUGUUAUAAAAGUGUGGCUUUCCCAGCAGAAGGCAUAUCAGUUUCCAAUCGAAGCAUCCAACAUGAAGUUGUCCCUCGUUCUCUUCGCCCUCUCGAUGGUGUUGUAUGUGGCUCAGGUGAGAGCUGCCACUUCAUCUUCCACGGAAUCGUCCACUAGUACAACCGAGUCCACAACCACGGAAUCAACCACUACCGCGUCUACUUCAACUUCUUCGGACGCUAACAAGAAAAUCGUGACGCUUAGCAACCUAAAGUACUCGAUUACAAGGAAAAUCAGGGUAGGAACAACCGCCAGUUCCUCGACCAGGUCCAAAAGUGCCCGUGGCAGGAACCGUAGAGGCCGUCUGAACGCCUCUAAGCGAUCCAAGAAGUCCGCUGGCAACCGAAAGCUUAACCUGAGGGCCAACUCUAGAAACUCUAGGAAACGCAACUUCCGCGGCUAGACUAAGCCAUGUUUUCAAUGUUGACAAUAAAGUGUUAAAGUUAUAGCUAAACCUA